AUGGUGAUUGUGAUGGUAGCUUUAGAGGUUAUACUAAUAGCCUUGUUCCUGGAUCGAUGGCCGAUACAAGUUAAUACGGUUGUCGAAGAUGCCUUUGUGCCUAUAGACUGUGGCGCAUCAGCGAAAGAUCUGCACACCGCUGUACUGUUGUACAAUUGGUUCUUGGCAUUAAUUUGUACUGUAAUGGCAUUCCGUGCUCGAUCCCUUCCUGCAAACUUCAAGGAAGCACGGUUGAUCAGCUUUGCUAUGUUCACCUUUUCUGUUAUAUGGCUUUCGUUCUUAAUCGUAUUCUCCGGGAGUAUAAUAAGUCACUUCUCAACUUAUUUAUGCGUUGCGAUCCUGGCGACAGCCCUUGAUUUCGUGGUGUGUAUGUUUGCACCAAAAAUAUUCGUCAUCCUGUUCAGGCCAGAGCUUAACGAGGUUCGCCUGGUCCGCGCAGAUAUUUAUCGUUACGCCGUGAAACAAACUAAAGCGCGCAUUCGCAUACACCAAAUGCGGAGUCAGCGGACUGAACUCAUGCGCACUCAACUCGAGGGAUCGUUACCACGAAGCCAGCCCGCACAUAUCUUCCAAGAAUCGAAGUUUA